UCAAUCCAUUCCCUUCCCAUACCCAUUGGACAGUGGAGUGAAUGGAUCCAAUUAACUCUUCGCAAAUUGUAAGGGUUGUUGUUGUAGAAUACAAAACCCACGCCCGUGUAUUUGUCGCACUGUAGUUUUUGAUCCCACAACGCAGUGCUGUGUGUGUGUUGCCAUUGCUCGGCCUGUCAUUCAUGGUUGCAAACGCUUUUCUGACUCUUUGUCGUUCAGAAUGGCAAAUUCAUCUCGUCGAACAUAUCCAAACCUCGACGAUGGAGGCCGCUUAGUGUGUGAGAAGAGUGCUGUGCUGAAAACCUCGAAGCAACCAAGGUUUUUUAGACGGGGUUCGAAAUCGGAGCAUGGUUAGCAUUGCGAGGUAAUCGUUCCUUGAGUGCUUGGAACGACAUGCUUUGAAGGAUGAUCUGAAGAUUUGUAUUGCGAGCGUGGAUUUGUGCUUUUGAAUUAUUUCGCAUUCACGAAGACUGUUGAAGGAUCAAUGGCUGGCGUCUGCGGUUCUCUGGGUCUCUGGCAACGUCGAAAUUACUGUGUAGCAGGAUAGCGAGUUUGACCGGAAGAAUGUGGUCUGCAGUGACGGUGAAGGAUCGAGAAUGAUACUAUAUGACGGAUAAUAUUUCUGAGGUGUAGCUUCUGUCACUGCGUCUUCUUAAAUGCGAAGUUUUUGUGCCGAAGGUGAUCUUGCUUUGAUCAUUUCUACUGAAAAUAAAAUAAAAUAAAAUAAACUGGUCAUUGUUCAUAUCAUGAUAGAUUUGUGGUCAGCGCCUUUGUUUUGUUUUGUUUUGUUUUUUCUUUCUUUCUUUCUUUCUGUAUUGCAGCUUCUGAUGCACGCAAGGUCGAGAAAGAAAUAAGUAAAUGAUAUCAGACUUCCAGCGAGCGGAAUUUCCAAGAGCAUCUGAGAACUGCCAGUGGUUCUGAAGUGGUCAGAGGAGUUUGUGAGGCGAUUGAAUGUCUUAAACCAGCUGCGUACGAGCAAUGAAGAAUAAUAGCAGGGAUAAAUUCGAAUUCGUGAAUUGAUAUGGCGGAGUUAAGGAGACAUUGUAGAGUUUACAAGGUCCGGUUGAAAGAUCCGUUUCCAUGUUGACGUCACUUUUAGCACCUCAAGACUCUUGAAUUUCUGUCAUAUUUGAGAAGCUGGUGUUGCUACUUUCUACUUUCAUUAUAGCGUAGCUGAACAAGUAAGGAUUGAGGUCUUGGUUGUGGCACAAAUUUAUGUGACGUAGGGUGGCCAUGCUUGCACUGUGUUUCCUUGUCCAUUCACUGUGAAAGCUUCUCAGAGGUUUGCAGCUACAAUCACAGUUCAUGGUAUUUGAGUGCUUUGCGGCAGUCCAUGGAAGGAAGACCGUUAAACUUGUAUCGAUACAAGAGAGAAAAAACCCUCAGAUCGUGUAAGGUGUGUUUGAGAAUCAGGUUAUGAUCCAGUUCGGCAACUUUGACUGUGGAUACUAAUCUCCCUAAGUUGUAGCAGUGUUUUUGCUCAAUUAAAAUACGGUCCUACUUGAAGAGCUCAAAGUACAGCUCCUGGAUGACAAAGAAAAUUGCAGACGCGUGAAUGUUUUGGACACUCCGCCUGCAAUCAGUACAUUAAGCACAGAAAAGUAAAUGACACAGGUUUCGGUUUCGGCAAGGAUCUACUACACCUUCCUCCGAUGUGUUGAAGAAGCAGAAUUUGGAAUAAACAAAAUGCAAGUUACCAGGAGUUUGCUGCAAGCCCAGAGUGAGUUGGCAGAUGGACUUCGGAGAAAACCUAAAGAAUGGGUAUGAAUAGUUAGAAGGAUAAGUAUGAAUGAGCUUCACAAAAGUGCAACACCCAAGUGUUUCGUUUAGUACGAAUAUCUGGCAGUCAUGGGUUGUAAGAAACCCGUCUGAGACAGUGCUGUGUUUCGUAAGAAGUUUGUUUCAUUCCGUGUAUCCACUCAAAAAUGCGCACCAAACAGUCCCACGUAGCUACAGAGAAUUGAAAGCGAUGCCCUGUCUGCAACAAUCUAAACCCCACUAAAGCCACUCCCAAUCGUCCAGAAAAACGUUGUGAUUCAAAACUGAUGUCAUUCGAGCCUAUACUCCGGAAUAGCACCGAAUUUUAACAUAUAAUAAGUGCGGUGAGCAGUGCCCCUUCUAAACAGCGCCUAAAACGAGACAUCUGGUGGCAAAUGCUCCCAUGAAUUUCAGUUGGAAGGUGGUUGGAUAUCCAAGAGGAUUACGACCAAAAAGAUGAACUAAUAUUAUUCUACCGCUGUGAUUUCCGCAAUGCUCUCUUGAGACUCAGCAUCGAAUCUUUCGAUAUAAACAGAAGUGUUGUGUGUGUGCUUUGUGAACACACGCCCAUCGGUGUUUGUGCAAUUGGGUGUUGGAUUUUCCUCAAUAUUCCCCGACGUCGAAGGCUUCAAAAUGAUGACUAUGUGGGUCAGAGAACGGGGAAGAGAAAUUGUGUGCACUCUUUCUCAGGGUUCAAGGUAGCGUUCCAGGCUUUAGGUUUUAGCUUUUGUUGGAGUCGAUGGUCUCUGCAGCGUACAAGUUCUAAUUGCCAAGGAUUGAUAACGAGGUGGGCGCACGUCCGAUGAGUCCCCGGCAUCACGUUCUCGUUAGGGUUCUGUGGGCUUUGAAGGAAGGCGUCAUUGCUGUGGGUGUGAAUUCUUGGUCUCAAAACAAUUUCGGAUGUGGAAUCGGGGCGUAUUGCAGAUGAUGGUUGCCAAAUCCUCAUCACCCUGUGUACUGCAAGUGCUUCACAACGCCGGUACGAAAAUUAGGGUUUUGGGGUGACGGUCUGAGUUCAACCAUAUUCGAAUUCUGCUGCGUAAUUCAUCGAAUCAGUAUGGCGCGUAAUCCAACCGACGAUGUUAGUCAGGUAGUUUUGCUGCUAGACGUCAAUCCCUUUUUUUGGGGAGCAGAAGCGGCAUCUGGUGGCCGCUCGAACGGUUCUGGGGGGCUUGCAUUUGACCAGUAUUUCCAGCACGCUCUUAUGUUCGUGAACGGCAUUUUGUUGUUAAACCACACCAAUAGAAUUGUCAUUAUUGCCACUGGGUCGAGCACAUGCGCUUUUCUUUAUGAUUCGACAGCAACUGAUGGCAUCAAUGGCAGCAGCGUUACAUCUAAAGCAAACAAAAAGACACAAGUGUCUCGAACAGAGCUAAUAACAAAAAGCAUGCAGGAGUUCGUGAGCAAGGAAGAAGAGGCUUCUAAAGAAUCUUCCCAAAUUCAAUAUUCAAAUAUUUCUGGAUCAUUAUCGAUGGCGCUUUGCUACAUCCAAAGAGUACUAAGAGGACCUCUUCCACAUCCCCAAGCCAGGAUACUAUGUCUGCAAGGGUCCCCAGAUGCUCCUUAUCAAUACAUUUCUGUUAUGAACUCUAUUUUUUCCGCGCAGAGGAAUGGGGUUGUAAUUGAUGCCUGCGUUGUUGGAAGCCAGCACUCAGCUUUUCUACAGCAGGCAACACAUAUCACUGGCGGAAUUUAUAUGAAACCCCCUCAGCCGGAUGGACUUUUUGAGUAUUUAAUGAUGGUCUUUACUACCGACCUCUUCUCAAGGCAAUUUCUGCAACUACCGCGACCUGUGGGGGUUGAUUUUCGUGCUUCGUGUUUCUGUCACAAGAAGACCAUUGACAUGGGGUUCGUAUGCUCGGUUUGCCUUUCAAUCUUUUGCAAGCACCAUCAAACCUGCUCCACUUGCGGAGCAACGUUUUCAAGAUCGAACUCGACUACCGUUACUGGGAUGAAGCGAAAAGCACCUGGCUCAUGACAGAUGGCUUAUACAGAAGGCAUUUAGUGUGAGAAAUACUGUACAAUCAUUUUUUGGAAAUGCUGACAAUAGGUUACAUACUGCAAGUUUGAGGUCUUGCAUCAGAGAUGUUUGCGAAACAAUAUGCCUGUAUUCUAUAUUGUUCAUCUGAAUGAAAGAGUUGGUACGAGGGCUAGGAUCAGAACCUACCCGAUCUACUCCAGUAUCCACGGGACUCAACAUCAUAAACAUGACAUUUAGUGUGCUCGUAUUUUCACG